AACGUACUUGUUUUUUGCUCGAAUCAGAACCGCCCAAAGGAGAGGGAGUAGAACGGAGCCCAAAACCAGCGUCUGAGCUCCGCUGGUUUCUUCCGAUGCCGACAAAACCACUUCGGUUUCGACGAAAUCGUUGAUCUUUCGCAAAACCUCGAGCUCGAGAUCGGCGAAGUCAGGUGUACAUUUGAAGGAAGACUCAACUACCACCGUAAUGUCGAUGUUGUCCAAGCUGCGCUGUAUAACUGUAGAUGUUACUGGCACUCUAAUAGCUUACAAGGGAGAACUUGGGGAUUACUACUGCAUGGCAGCUAAAGCAGUAGGGUUGGCUUGUCCUGAUUACAAGCGCAUGCACGAAGGCUUCAAGUCUGCAUAUACAGACAUGGCAAAAGAGUAUCCAUGUUUUGGGCACGCAGCUAAAAUGUCGAAUAUUGAUUGGUGGAGAUCAUGUGUUAAAGAUUCAUUUAUCAGGGCAGGCUACGAAUAUGACAAUGAGACAUUUGAAAAAGUGUUCAAGCGCAUAUAUUCAACGUUUGGAUCUUCUGCACCCUAUUCUGUAUUUCCUGAUUCUCAACCCUUCCUUAGAUGGGUACGUCGUAAGGGCCUCAAAGUUGGGAUUGUCAGCAAUGCAGAGUAUCGAUAUCAAGAUGUAAUUCUUCCUGCCUUAGGACUCAAUCAGAGGUCAGAGUGGGACUUUGGUGUAUUCUCAGGCAUAGUGGGUGUUGAGAAACCAGAUCCAAGGAUCUACGAGAUUGCACUUGAGAUGGCAGGAAACAUUGCCCCAGACGAAGCACUGCACAUUGGGGACAGUAUGCGCAAGGAUUACAUCCCUGCCAGAAGCGUCGGUAUGCGCAGUAUACUAUUGGAUAGAUUUAAGACAUCAGACGCCGAAAGUUGGAGACAAUCUGGUGCAAUUGUGCUUCCUGAUCUGGUGGCUGUUCAAGAAUUGCUCACCAAGGAAGAAACUGCUAACGCAGCUCAAGAAGCCUAGAAUCUGCAAUCACAAGCAGACGCAAACAAACACAAAAAAAAAAAAAAAACUGAAAAAAAGGGAGGAGAAAGAAAUUACCUUCAUUUGGCUAUUAAUUGUGUUUCUUACAGGUAGUGUUGGCUGGCUGAGAUUCUUGAAACUCUACUGUGAUUGUAAUAUGCUGGGAUGAGUUUCUAUCAUUGAUAGGAAACACAAGUGAAGGAACAAUUUGAUCUUGUAGGCCA